AUGGGGACAACUGCAGAGUUGGAUCCGGAACUCUUUAUCGUAGAAACUGAUGAAGAAUGCGACGUUGAGAAUGAUGAACAACCUUUUGACUACAAUCAGUGGACUUUAAAGUCUGGUUUGGCAGUAAUUGAUCUUUUAAAAGUGGCGGCCGAAAUUGAGACAAAGAUGAUUGAACAAUUACAGGAUGAAGACAAUGAGGGUACAUCAAAGUUGUCAGGUAGACUUCCUCCACAUCCAGGCAAACCUGACAGAGAACAACGCAAGAAAGGCACACAAAUUGUGGAAGUUAGGAUUGAUAU